AUCGCGGCAGCAGCAACGCCCUCGAUGCCUCUAAUCAUUGGCUUUACCCGAUAGAACUCGACAGGAGCUCCAGCUAUUGACUCACCAUCCUACAUCCCCAGCACAACUUUUCCUAGUCAUGAUUGGAAGAAGAUGAAUCAUGCAAUGCUUCUUCCAAUAGCCACGACUUCGCUUCUUCUUCUUCCAGUUAGCCAUACAUGGAAUUAGAGAAGAGGAAGCAGAUUAUAAGUUUACGGUUGGGUUUGCCUAGGGUGUGCAGAGAGAAAUACGAAUUGGAGCUGGAGUUCAAGAGGUUUUGGGAAGAGUUCCGUUCUUCUAAUCCCAAAAAGGAAAAAGAAGCAGUGUUGAAUUUCACUGUAGAUGCUUUUUGUAGAUUAGUGAAGCAUCAUGCCAAUGUAGCUCAAUUAGUUACCAUGUUAGUAGAAACACAUAUAUUCUCUUCUGUUGUGGGAAGAGCAUUUGUGACAGAUAUUGAAAAGUUAAGAAUUGGCAGCAAAACAAGAUAUUUGGAUGUAGCAAAAGUUUUAAGAUUUUUCUCUGAAGUCACUAAGGAUGGCUUCAAUCCAGGUUCAAAUUUGUUAACUGCUGUUGAAGUCUUGGUAUCUGGGAGUCAAACAGUUAAUGAUUCUGAGGAAUCACUGCUAUCUGAAAAGGAUUCUGCUGCUGAUGUUGGGCAAGUCUGCCAACUUGAGGUAGAGGGAAGUGUGGUACAUGUUAUGAAAGCAUUGGCAAGCCAACCUUCAGCAGCACAGAGUUUGAUUGAGGAUGAUUCUUUUAUGAUUCUAUUUCAGAUGGUUGCUAAUGGCUCUUUAACAGUCUUCUCUCGAUAUAAGAAAGGUUUAGUUUCCUUGCACAGCAUGCAGCUUCACAGACAUGCUAUGCAGAUACUUGGUCUUCUUUUGGUCAAUGACAAUGGAAGCACUGCCAAAUAUAUUCACCAACAUCACUUGAUAAAAGUUCUCCUAACGGCUGUCAAAGAUUUUAAUCCAGAUUGUGGUGAUCCUGCCUAUACUGUGGGAAUUGUGGACUUGUUACUUGAAUGUGUGGAGUUGUCAUAUAGACCAGAGGCUGGUGGUAUUAGGCUGAGGGAAGAAAUACAUAAUGCCCAUGGUUAUCAUUUGCUUGUGCAGUUUGCUCUUGUUCUGUCUUCCAUGCAUCAAAGUCAAGGCAUUGAGUCUAUUUAUUUGAAGUCCUCUUUCAACAACAAUUAUGGUUCAGGUGGUUCUCAUGCAUUUGAUGAUGCAGUGUUGCUUGAUGCUCUUGUUAACCUAGCCCAAACUGGUCCUGCUGAAGAAAAAAGUUCCAAAUACUCCCAGAUCAAGGCCAGUGGCCAUAGCAGAAGUCUUUCAUUUUCUGCUGACAGACUUGGUAAUGAAAUUUGGGAACAUAGCAAUAAUAAAGUUAAAGACCUUGAAGCUGUCCAGAUGCUACAGGACAUCUUUCUUAAGGCAGGCAGCACAGAUCUACAGGCAGAAGUGCUAAAUAGAAUGUUCAAAAUAUUUUCAAGUCACCUUGAAAACUAUAAGUUGUGUCAGCAAUUAAGGAGUGUUCCUCUUUUCAUCUUAAAUAUGGCUGGUUUUCCUCCCGCAUUGCAUGCAAUAAUCUUGAAAAUUCUUGAAUAUGGUGUGACUGUUGUGAAUUAUGUUCCUGAGCAAGAAUUGCUUUCACUUUGUUGCUUGUUACAGCAGCCAAUUACAUCAGAAUUGAAGCUUACCAUACUUUCAUUUUUUCAUAAGUUUCUUUCAAGCCCAGACCAACACAGUGGCAAUUCUAAUCAGUUGGCGAGCAAAUCCAGCUUGGGCACCUUCAAGAAUUAUUUGGACAGUGAGGAUGUUAUCAUUGCCUCACCCAAGCUCAUGGAAUCUGGUACAGGGAAGUUCCCUAUUUUUGAAGCUGAGGGUACAAUCAUUAUUGCGUGGGAUUGCAUGGUCUCAUUGAUAAAGAAAGCUGAAGCAAAUCAAGCAGCUUUCCGGUCAGCUAAUGGUGCAACUACAAUUCUCCCCUCUUUAAUGUCUAAUAUUCACCGCCCUGGGGUUAUUCGGGUCUUAUCAUGCUUGAUCACUGGAGAUGUUAUGCUGGCCCAUCCUGAAGAAUUAGGGGCACUUGUUGAAGUCUUAAAGAGCAGAAUGGUUACAGGAGUCAAUAAUUCAGCUCGAGGGGUCUUUGGUGAAGCCACUGGGUUUUCUCUUUUGCUAACCACACUCCACAGUUUUCAGGGUGACAGAGAACACACAGAAGAGUCUUCCAUAGCAGUUCAUAUCAAGGUGUUUACAUAUUUGAUACGCCUUGUGACAUCUGGAGUGUGUGGUAAUGCUAUUAAUAGGACAAAAUUGCAUGCUAUUAUCUCAUCUCAAACAUUUUAUGACCUUCUAUGUGAAUCUGGUUUGCUGUGUGUGGAGUGUGAGAAGCAAGUGAUACAGCUGCUAUUGGAACUUGCUCUUGAAAUUGUGCUUCCACCUUGCUUGACCCCAGAGAGUUCAACAUCUCUUUAUGCAGUAGAAAAUGAGUCAACUAGUUUUCUUUUAACAACCUCAUCUGGUUUGUUUAAUCCUGAUAAAGAACGAGUAUAUAAUGCUGGAGCUGUUAGGGUUCUGAUCCACUCGUUGCUUUUUACUCCAAAGGUUCAGUUGUGUGGAACUUAUAUUGGAGAUGAUUCACCCCUUCCUCUCAGGCUCAUCUGCAUUCCUUUCUUAUGCUUUGAAGAUUGUGGAGGUUCUUGGUGCGCACAGGUCUCUCUAGGAGAAAGAUCUUGGUGUCCUGCAACUGGUUAUUCAUUUGUUUGUUGGUUUCAGUUUAAGAACUUCUUCAGAAUGUCAGCAAAAGAUAUAGAACCUUCCAAAGCUGAACUUUAUCUUCAAGAGGAUGGUGUUCUAACCCUGGCUACGAGCAACUUGUGCUCCUUAUUAUUUUCUGGAUUAGAACUAGAAGAAGGCAGGUGGCAUCACCUUGCUGUUAUACAUAGCAAACCAAAUGCCCUUGCUGGAUUAUUCCAAGCGAGUGUUGCUUAUGUCUAUCUUGAUGGGAAGCUAAGACACACAGGAAAAUUAGGGUAUUCACCUUCUCCUGUUGGAAAACCAUUACAAGUAACUCUUGGUGGGACUCCAAUUAAUCGUGCAAGAGUUAGUGAUUUGACUUUGAGACUUCGCUCUUGCUUUCUCUUUGAGGAAGUGCUCACACCAGGUUGUAUUUGUUUCAUGUACAUCCUUGGUAGAGGAUAUAGAGGGCUUUUUCAAGAUUCGGAUCUGCUGCGUUUUGUCCCUAACCAGGCUUGUGGUGGUGGUAGCAUGGCUAUUUUAGAGUCACUAGAUGCUGACUUGCCUCUGGCUUCCAAUGAACAGAAGCUUGAUGGUGCAAGCAAGCAAGGGGACUCUAAGGCUGAUGGCAGUGGAAUUGUUUGGGAUUUGGAUAGACUGGGAAACCUUUCAUUUCAGCGCAAGAAACUCAUUUUUGCAUUUGAUGGAACAUAUACAGAAGCUGUUCGAGCAUCUGGGACAUUUUUAAUGCUCAAUAUGGUUGAUCCCAUGUCAGCUGCUGCUUCUCCAAUUGGAGGCAUCCCAUGCUUUGGGCACCUUUAUGGGCAUAUCUAUAUUUGCAGGCAAUGCGUGAUUGGUGAUACCAUUUGCCCUGUUGGUGGAAUGGCCGUUAUUUUGGCGCUUGUUGAAGCAGCGGGAACUAGGGAUAUGCUCCACUUGGCCUUGAAUCUAUUUGCUUGUGCACUUCAUCAGAAUCCUGAAAAUGUUUGUCUUCAAAUUCCCUCUCUCUUUGAUUCUGAAAAUUCCUUUCUGCACUGGGCUGCUGAUACUGUGAAGAAGGUAAAAGGGCUCUUUGUAAAGACAGAGGAAAAGAAUUUAAAUGAUUGUGAUGAUGCUAGUUCACAGCAUACAUUCUCUAGCUUGCCUUCAGAACACGAACAGUCUAGUAAGACUUCUAUCAGUGUUGGAAGCUUCCCUCAGGCACAGGUUAGUACAAGUUCUGAGGAAAUAAAUAUCUCUCUUAAAUUGAUGAUUGAAGAUAAAGCAGAGUCAAAGAUUACCAAGUCUCAGGAGGAAUUAAAGAAAUCGAUGGACAUAGAUGCUAUUCACAGUUUAGAUGGUGAUAAUGUUGAUCUGGUUUCUGCUACCUCAAGUUCAAGUGAACUCAAUUUUAAUAAUAUCAAGUCUCUGACUCCUUGGUUGGGUAUAAACAAUGAUGAAUCUAAAACUCCCACAGUUCCCUCUCUUUCCAUUGAGUCUUCUGUGUCUAUCCGUGAGUUUGAUCCAUCCCCUGUCACAACUGCUCUGUUGGAUUUUAUCAGAGAACUGCUAGUUGAUUUGAUAAUUGAGCAGAUGAAAGCAGCCCAAGUAGUGCAGAGCGUCUUGGAAAUGGUUCCACUAUAUGUUGAAGCCAAACCUGUGUUGGUUUUCCAAGGUUUGUGCCUUAGUAGACUAAUGAACUUUCUUGAAAGGCAUCUUUUGCGUGAUGAUGAAGAAGAUGAGAAAAAGCUAGAUAAGUCCAAAUGGUCCUCAAACUUAGAUGCUUUGUGCUGGAUGGUUGUUGACCGUCUUUACAUGGGUGCUUUCCCCCAGCCUGGUGGUGUGCUAAGGACUCUAGAGUUUUUCUUGUCAAUGUUGCAAUUAGCAAACAAAGAUGGUAGAAUUGGAGCAGCAGCUCCUACUGGAAAGGGCCUUUCAUCAAUUGCAAGAGGAAGCAGGCAACAUGAUGCUUAUAUACAUUCAAUUCUAAAGAAUACAAAUCGCAUGAUACUGUAUUGCUUUCUACCAUCAUUCUUGAUCACAAUAGGAGAAGAUGAUCUUCUUGCAUCCUUGGGUCUGCUUACAGAACCUAAGAAAAGAUCAUCCUCAAACUCUUCACUUGAAGAUUCAGGAAUGGAUAUUUGCACUGUUUUGCAGUUAUUAGUUGCUCACCGAAGAGUCAUAUUCUGCCCCAGCAAUCUUGAUACUGAUCUGAAUUGCUGUAUUUGUAUAAAUUUAUUCUGUCUUCUUCGUGACCAGAGGCAUAAUGUACAGAAUAUGGCAAUUGAUAUUGUCAAGUAUUUACUGGGGCAUCAAAGAGCUUCACUAGAAGAUUUGCUUGUCUCUAAACCAAACCAAGGACAGCCCCUUGAUGUACUACAUGCUGGUCUUGACAAAUUAUCGAUUGGGAGUUUAUCUUCUUUCUUUGAGUGGCUUCUGAACUCUGAACAGAUUGUAAAUAAAGUAUUAGAGCAGUCUGCUGCAAUUCUGUGGGUGCAGUACAUUGCUGGAUCAGCUAAGUUUCCUGGAGUCAGAAUAAAAGGCAUGGAGAGUUGCCAUAAGAGGGAAAUGGGAAGAAAAUCACAAGAUACUGCAAAAUUAGACCUUAGAUACUGGGAGCAGGUAAAUGAAAGGACAUAUACACUGUUAGUGCUACGUGAUGCAAUGGCUACUGAGCUCAGAGUUGUCCGUCAAGACAAGUAUGGAUGGGUUCUACAUGCUGAGAGUUAGUGGCAAACCCAUCUCCAGCAACUUGUACAUGAACGGGGAAUCUUCCCAAUUCGGAAAUCCUUUAUGACUGAAGAUCCUGAAUGGCAGCUUUGCCCCAUUGAAGGUCCAUACAGAAUGCGCAAAAAGCUGGAGCGCUGAUGGUAUCCAAAAUGUUCUUGAUGGGCAGUUGGAAUUAGGAGAAAUGGAGCUUUCCAAAGCCAAAAUUGAGGAUGUCCCAGAGAUCUCUGAUCCUGGUUCUGAAUCACUUUUCAGUCUUUUUGCUGAUACUGACAAACGGAAUGAUGUUGAUGGCAAACUCUAUGAUGAA